GUGUGCAUUUAUUUAGCUCUAAAUCGUAAUGCUUGCCUGCCCGUGGAAGGAUUUUAGGAAGUGUAUUCUUUUUCAUCCCUGUUUCCAACAAGGAAGUAGAAGAGUGAACGCGCAGAUGGAUGCAGUAAUUUUGAAUAAGCUGUGCUAAACACCAGGCUUAAAAUUCUCAAAUGCAUAUUAAGUAUAAUUGGGAAGUAAAACAUUAAAAGUGCCAUAAUUCAACUGAACAUCGACAAACGAACAAGAUGGUCAGUGCAGGAUUUCAUAUCGUAUCUGCAUUCACGCUUCUUUUUCUCCAAACUGAAGCAGGGGAAUCCAGCCUUCAGAAAAAGAAUUCGAUUAUAGAGGGAGACACGACUCAGAAGAAAUGUCCCAACUGGGACACCACGUACCCAUACUCCAACGGAGUCGACUCCAAAUGCUGGUUUUCUGUGUCGUAUGAUACGAAGAAAAAAUUCCUUCACGAGGUUUCGAAAAACUCGUACAGUCUAGUGAACUUCGUGCUCCACUUCGACAAUGUGUCCACCACAGAGAGUAGAUGUGUUAUCCAAGGGAACAAGUGGACAUGGACAUUCCCUGGGCCUAAAGGAGCUCGCCAAUAUCUCGACUGGCCGCUAGAGUACAGGGUGUGGUCCUUAGGUCUGCUGAGUAUGUACACCCUCGAUGAUUUCUCUGUACCAUUAACAGUUCACGGAGACUGCAGUGGCAUUCAAUAUGGCGCUAACGAGACAACGCAGCGGAUUUCGUUGGCCUUGGCAAACCUCACAGACUACCUUGUGUCCAACACAAGAGGCGGUGAUAAGGGGGAUAGUUUGACCGAGUAUUACAACCAGAGUUACUGGUGUUACAGAGAGCGGAUCUACAUUGAUAGUCAUUUACUGUAUAUGCUAUGUCUGAAUGUUAUUUGUCCGCUGGAAGCUAUUGGAUACCGAUGUUGUCGUUGGAAGUGGCAUUUUCUGAAUCAGACGAGAACUUUGGAAUGUUCUGGAAGAUACAUAAAAUACCGAGAGGUAGGAUGGCUACUACCGUUUGUUAUUGGUCUCACUCUGUACAUGUUUUGUCCUCUAAUGUUGGUAUGGUUACUUAAGCAUGUUCACGAACUGACCUUUAGCCAUACCUCAAACUACCUUGAGCUGUCUGAUUUUGACGCCAUUAACUAUGAAGUCCAUGAAAAAUCAGAGAACUGGAUUUUUUAUAAUCCUGUACAUAUAGGAACAAUUAUUUCACAUGUAUUCCGGGGCUGCUGCUUAAAAUAUCCUAUUUUGAUAUCAAGAAUUGUUCGAAUCAUUUUCCUUUUUGCAAGCAUAUCCGUUCUUGGAUUAAAAUUGCUUGUUCAUGGGGUUUUUCAGUACGAUAAUAUAAUUGCCAGUGUCAAUAAAGGCGUGCCAAAAGACUUUGAGUCCAUUUUAGCAGGAUAUGAAAAAAGUAGAAAAAAUUUUCUCCGGAUGUUUGGGGGACCGUAUGUCGCCUGCUUGUUUUAUGCUGUAUGCUACACUAUAAGUACCUGUGUCCCUUCAGAUUUGGCUAAAUUUCUUGCCAAAGGCUUAGUGAAGGAAGAAUCUGAAUUCAUUAGCCCGCUUAUGGUCAUGGAUUCCAUAAGAGUAAGAUUUGGAGCCAUGAAAACAACGGACAUUGUCAACGGCUAUCAUGAAAUAUUUCGUACCCUUUUGUCCGAAUUUUUCAUGAUUUUGAACCCCUCUUUCUGGAAGUUUUCUGUCAUUACACAAUGUAGCCGAUGGAGGAAAUACUUUCGUGUUUUUCGGAGAAAAUCUGCGUUGUUUGGGAGGUUGUUUCUACUUCUUACUCCUUUGUAUAUUAUGAUAUGUAUUUUGGAGCUCCUUCUUUGUUUGAUACGGUACGGAAUUCCUUGGGUCGGUUUUGCCAAAACGAUAAUAAUUGCCUACGUCAUCGCCCCUUGGAGAGGUCUUUCAGUUGGUGUACCAGUAAAAAUCAUAUUUGGAGCUUUUUCGAUCUUCUUUGUGAUUUUCACAAUGUAUAUGUUUAGCAUUAUAUUUGUGGACAGCUUUAUUUUUAUGUGUGAUGUGUCAGUGUAUACAUAUGCAGGACUAUUCGCUCAUCCAGAAAUCACUUAUGGAUACCUUAUAUUUUCCUCCACAGUCCUAAUGUACAUGUUUGACAGUGUUCACACCAUCUCUAAAGUCUACGAUCACUUGUUCCACCACGUCCGAAAAAUUUGCAAAAAAAUGCACAAAUAUAAUAAAUAUCCUGAUGUCGAGUUAUUCAAACGAGAAGACGAAUGCAAAGGAAUACCACGUGACCUAUUCUUUCUCGUCGUCAAAAAGUACUUGCCGAUCAGACACCAAGUGUUCAUGUCCUUUCUAAAACUAAUCGUGAUCGUAAUUGUGUUGUACAUUUCAGUGGAUCUUUUGUACGAAUUUUCGGCGAAUAGAAACUUAAACAUACUGACGCAAGCCGCAGCUACGAUUAUCGUCUGCCUCGUUCCGAAGUUCCUCGGGGAUUCCUGCUCCGUGUUCAGAAACCGACGCCACCACAGUCAGUCUCACCAAAUCAAACACAUCAUCAAAACGUACUGUCAACGAUCAAAGGAAGCCGGCUUUAUGGAACACGUUUCUAAUCUUGAAGUUUUAUAAAUUCAACAAACAAGUUUAUUUCUAAAUUGCAGAGUUUACA